GUUUUCGGUAAAUUCGAUGGCUAAAAAGUGAAGUUCAGCUGACAUUGAAUAACAGAUUGUUUUGACAACAGAAAUCCGUUGGAUCUAAUCAUUUCCAAGCUUAGACGAUAACAGGUAAUAGAUAUCUAAUCAAAUUGCCUCUAUAAAUAUUCCUCAUUGGAGCUGAAAUCUUCAGGAGCGGUGUAGCUUGGAGAAUGGAGAAUUCAAGAAAGUUUGCGAGUGUUAUAAUAGUGUUAGCGAUAGUACAUCAUUAUGUGUGCGUGUGGGGCUUCAAGGAGUGUACAAACAUUCCAACCCAGCAAUCUUCCCACACUCUGCGCUACGAGCUGGAGUCCUCAAAAGACGAGGCAUGGAAAUCACUUGUGCACUCGCAUUUUGCCCAUUUGACUCCAACCGACGAGAACUUUUGGGCUACUCUCAAACCUUCUCGUAGGCAAGAUCUGGAAGAUGCGCAGGAGGAUUUCAAGUGGAGAAUGAUGUACAGGAGAUUGAGAGAGAGCAAUAAUAAUAGUCUUAUUAAUGGUCAAAAUUUCUUGCAGGAGGUUUCACUGCACAACGUUCGUGUGGACCCCAAUUCAGUGUAUGGUGCUGCCCAGCAGACGAAUUUGGAGUACAUGCUGAUGUUGGAUGUGGAUAAUUUGGUUUGGAGUUUCAGAAAAACAGCAGGGCUGCCCACUCCUGGGAAGCCCUACGGUGGAUGGGAAGACCCAACGGUGGAGCUGAGAGGACACUUUGUAGGCCAUUACAUGAGUGGUACUGCUUUGAUGUGGGCUUCCACCCAUAACCAGACCCUUUUUGACAAGAUGACCUCUCUUGUCUCUGCUCUUGCAACCUGCCAGAAGGCUAUGGGAACUGGUUAUUUAUCUGCAUUUCCUUCUGAGCUCUUUGAUCGUUUUGAGGCCGUCCAACCUGUUUGGGCACCAUACUAUACCAUUCACAAGAUCAUGGCAGGAUUGCUAGAUCAGUACACCUUAGCUGGAAAUAAACAAGCACUCAACAUGACUAUGUGGAUGGCCGAUUACUUCUACAUGCGUGUCAAAAAUGUUAUACAAGAGUGGACAAUAGAGAGACAUUGGACAUCCCUCAAUGAAGAGACUGGUGGCAUGAAUGAUGUUCUCUAUCAACUUUACACCAUCUCUAAAAACCCGAAUCACCUGGAGCUCGCCCAUCUUUUUGACAAACCUUGCUUUUUGGGGCUUCUAGCUAUGCAGGCAGAUAGUCUUUCUGGAUUUCAUGCAAAUACACAUAUUCCUGUGGUUAUAGGCUCACAAAUGCGAUAUGAGGUCACAGGCGACCCACUCUACAAGGAAAUUGGUACAUUCUUCAUAGAUAUUGUCAAUUCAUCACAUGCAUGGGCAACUGGUGGAACUUCUAGUGGUGAAUUUUGGGAGAAUCCAAAGAGGUUACUUGACACACUUUCUACAGAAACUGAAGAGGGUUGUACUUCCUACAACUUAUUGAAGGUUAUUCGUCACUUGUUUCGUUGGACUAGAGACAUGAAAUAUGCAGAUUAUUAUGAACGUGUUUUGACAAAUGGUAUGCUUGGAAGACAAAGAGGAACAAACCCAGGGGUUUAUAUUUAUAUGCUUCCUCAAGGAGCUGGAGUUUCUAAGGCUCAUAGUUAUCAUGGUUGGGGUGAUUGGAAUAAUUCAUUUUGGUGUGAUUAUGGCUCAGGUGUUGAAUCAUUUUCUAAAUUAGGAGAUUCUAUAUAUUUUGAAGAGAAUGGUGUAAAUCUUAAUUUAUACAUUAUUCAAUUCAUACCUAGCACAUUUACUUGGGAUAAUGCUGGAUUUACCUUGAAUCAAGUGAUUCAACCUUUAUUUUCCCAUGAUCCAAAUCUCAAUAUCUCAAUAGAGUUCUCUUCAUUCAAGAGUGGAAAGGUUAGAGCUGAAGAUUUUAUUGUGAACAUACGAAUACCAUUUUGGACAUCUCCAAAUGCAAAAGCAAUGUUGAAUACAGAAGCACUAUCUCUACCAUCUCCUGGAAAUUUUUUAACCAUUAAAAGAAAAUGGGAGUCCGGAGAUAAGGUGACUCUAUCAUUACCAAUUGGCCUUAGGACAGAAAGGAUUGAAGAUGAUCGUCCACAAGCUGUAUCUAUUCAAGCAAUUCUUUUCGGUCCAUAUCUACUUGCUGGCAUGGCUGAUAAUGGAUGGGACCUUAACAUUGGGAAAGCAUCUUCAAUAAAUGACUGGAUAAAGCCAGUUCCUGCUAUAUAUGCCUCUCAAUUGUUUAGCUUUCAUCAAGAAACCCUUGUACUUGAAUAUAACAAUACUCAAGUUUUAAUGGGUAAACUUCCAAUGUUGGGGACAGAUGAAGCUGUUCAUUCUACUUUUAGAGUUGUUGAUUCUUCAAAGGUAGAGAAAAUAUAUAAUUCAACCAUGGAUUUUAUUGGUAAGAAUAUUUAUUUAGAGCUUUUCGAUCAACCAGGAGUUGCUAUUGCACACCAAGGACCAAACAACCCAGCUACAAUUGCAAAUACCGCUGAAAAUAAUGCAAUAAUGUUCAAAGUAUUGGAAGGGUUGAAUGGUAAAAAGAAUACCAUAUCAUUUGAGUCCACAUGUCUUCCAAACUGCUUUCUAUUUGGAGGAGGAUCAACUGCACAGGAUAUUAUAUUGAAGUGCAAACCCAAUACAACUGAUGAUAAUUUCAAGGAUUCCGUCAGUUACACUGGAACCACAGGAAUCAGUACAUAUCAUCCCAUUAGUUUCAUUGCUAGUGGAUCAAAUAGAAAUUAUCACCUCAAACCCCUCUAUAGCUAUAUGGAUGAGUUCUAUACUUCCUAUUUUAACAUCACAACUUGAUUUUUUAAGUUGUUAAGGAAUACAGACUAUUGUGAUGCUAUCAUUCUCUUGGGAGUUGUACCGAUUCCUUGAAGCACUAUGAAUUAUGUUGAAUAAUGCAGUUAUCAAUAUUUAUAUAAUAUGAUGCUAAUUUUUAUGAA